AUGCGCCUGCGGCUCGAGUCGGCUGCGGCAUGGGCCCCAAGCUGCUGCGAACAGCAGCAGCAGCAGCAGCAGCCACAGCAGCAGCAACAGCAACAGCUGCAGCAGCAGCAGCAGCAGCAGCUUGUAGAGCAGCAGCAAAUCUGUUUUCGUGUUGGGCUCAGAGCAGCGAGAAGAACGGCCCCACAGCAGCAGCAGCAGCAGCAGCAGCAGCAGCAGCAACAGCAGCAGCAGCAGCAGCAGCAGCAGCAGUGGCAGCCUUGCUGCUGUAGUCCGAUGGUUUUGAAGGGUUCAUCAGGGAUGCUGCAGCAGCAGCAGCGGCUGCUGCUGCUGCUGCUGCUGCUGCUCUGCUGCUGCUGCUGCAGGCAGACUGCAUGCACGUCACUGCAGCAGCCUGGGGGCCUCACCCCCUACCCCAUGGCACUGCAGCAGCAGCAGCAGCAGCAACAGCAGCAGCAGCAGCAGCAGCAGCAGGUAGCUGCAGCACAGCUGCCAGCAGCUUUUGCUGCUCCGAGGGUGGGGGGGUCCUUCUUGCUGCAGCAGCAGAGGAGCUUCCCUUACCCAGCCUCACAGCAGCAGCAGCAGCAGCAGCAGCAGCAGCAGCGGCAGGUGCUGUCGCUGUUAUCGCAGCAGCAGCAGCAGCAGCAGCAGCAAGCUGCUGCUGCAACAACUCGGCUGCUGUACCAAAUCCGCCUGAAAUCCCCUGAAGGUGCGCGCCUCACCCCCUACCCCAUGGCACUGCAGCAGCAGCAGCAGCAGCAACAGCAGCAGCAGCAGCAGCAGGUAGCUGCAGCACAGCUGCCAGCAGCUUUUGCUGCUCCGAGGGGGGGAAGGUCCUUCUUGCUGCAGCAGCAGAGGAGCUUCUCUUACCCAGCCUCACAGCAGCAGCAGCAGCAGCAGCAGCAGCAGCGGCAGGUGCUGUCACUGUUAUCGCAGCAGCAGCAGCAGCAGCAGCAGCAGCAAGCUGCUGCUGCAACAACCCGGCUGCUGUACCAAAUCCGCCUGAAAUCCCCUGAAGGUGCGGUUGCUGCUGCAGCAUAA